AUGCUUGUUGGGGUCGGCGCCGUAUUUCUCGAUUAUGAAACGGGCACACUCAAUAGAUCCACCUCCGACAGCUUUGUCAAGAAGAUGCUGAAUGUUGAGCUUUUGUCCUACGGGAAGUUGAUCAAGGGACAUUGUCUCGUGUUCCGUUAUACCAAAGCUAUUGAUGAACUCAAACUUAUCGAGGCGGUUGUAUACCAUAGCGUCAUAGGCACCGUAAACAAAUGGUUUGUGGAGUUCUUCAGGCAGGUCGAAGGGGAUAAUGUCACCCUCCAGUCUAAGGCUGUCAACACUGCCGUGGACAGCUCCAAACUCGAGGGCAUCGGCACCAGCAUAUUCGUCCUGUUCAUCUUUAGGCAGGUCAUCAUCGACAUUUGUUUUCGCAGUUGGAUCAGCACCCUGCUCAAGAAGAUAGCGUACAACACCUGGUUCUGGCGUUCGCCCAAUGCUGUCGCGGACAUCCACGUCCACUUGGCCCUCCUCCAGGAAGAUCUUGAGGCAUCCAACGUGGCCACGGGCGGCCGCUGCGUGAACUGGCACCACAGACGGAUCAUCUCUAUCUGGGAUCUCCCCAUUCUCUUUGGCUUCCUGAUCGGCCCUCUCAUCUUCUUCAGACAGCGCUGCAAUGUCUGGGUGCACCUUCAGACCUGUAGCAACAAGGCAUCGGACCAUAGCCUCGUCACCGCGGAGGGCAGCUUCGUACAGCAUGUUCCGUCUGUGAACUGA